AUGCCCUCUUGCUGCCGCCCCGAUCCGUACCCGAGCAACGGCGUUACCUACUACACCCGCGCCCCGGACGCCGCGCUGAGGGGCGACCUCGAGGUCCACGGCGAGGUCGAGAUCGAGCACGCGGCGGGCUGGGGCUUCCGGGGCACCCUCGCCGGCAGGGUCAGAGUGCCAUCGGGGCGGGACGGCGGUGGCGGUGGCGGCGACGUCGUGGCCGACGGCACAUACGACGGCGUCUUCUUCGCCCCUGGGGUCACGUUCGCGGGGCGGGCGACGGGCAAGCUGGCGCUGUCGCCGGCGACGGUCCUCGUCGGCGCCGACGAGCCCCGCCGCGCCAUGUGCGGCUCCAGGUUCUGCCUGCAGGGCCGGCUCGUCUACGUCCCCGGGGCGACGGCCUUGGACUACCGGCGGCGGUUCUGGAGCAACCUGGUGUACGGGCACCACGGACGGACCCAGCUCCUGAGGCGCCGCGUGCUGCGGCGGCUGGACAUCAGCAGCAGCGCCAUAGACGCCGACAACGCCGGCAUCGUCACCGUCUGCUCCAUGGGCUUUGAGCGCAUCGUGUCGAGGGGCACGCUCGACGUCCAGUUCCACGUCGACUCGGACCAGAUCGACACCCGCCGCUUCGUCGCGCGCUUCCACGUCGUCGACAGCGACUGGCCCUUUGCGAGGUAUGGCGCCGACGCCCUCUUCGUCGACGGCAUGGCCGAGAUUGCCGCCCGUUGA